AUGAUUGACAUUACCAUUACUGUAGACUCGUCUCACUUACAAAUAACAUUCUUCAGUCACUACCAUAUUGAAAUAGUUAUAGAUCAAAGCAACGCUAAGUGCUUAAAGUGUAAUUUCAAACCCAGAAAAGCUUUUAAAAAAUUCCUUCCAUUCGCAAACUUGGAUAGGACAAUUGAAGGCAUAAUGAACUUCUCCUGUGGUUGUGCAUUUGACAAAGCAGUGAAAGAACCUCACUUCAAGAAAACGAAACAUUUUGAAGAUUUGAGUGCAAGCUUCGCUAUCAAUGCUAAAAACGAACAAUUAGGAGCACACUAUUCAUGGCUAGUACAAGUACAUAAACCUUUCAAAGUAACAUCGCAACCUCAACAGCGUCGGCCAUAUAUCGAAGCUACGUUCGAGAAUCCUACUGAUCCCGAUCAUCCCAUCGUGGUACCCGCUAUACAACUCAAACCCACAGAAGGAAACAAUGAUUUUGAAAAGCCACGUUAUUAUUUCCUUUCGCCAGCUCUUGGCGCUUUACGUUGCAAACUCUACAAGAUGAAAAUCACAGCUUAUACAGACAACUCCAAAUCAGUCAUUUUAACGGAGCACGAAAAUCAACUGCUUUCACGUAUCAAUACAGACUCAUGCAUUAAAUCAGAAUUUAUGGAAAAAAUGAAAGCGGCAGCGAACUAUAGUGAAUGGGAAACAAAACAAUAG